UCAACCCAAUUGAUAUUUCUGCAAAGUCGUUUUUGAAGUGGUCAUUGUAAAAUCAAAGUCCAUUUGUACUUUUUCAGACAAGACAUUCAAAGUCUCUCCUCCGUCAACCAACACCACCGUCGUGAUGGGCAACCGCAGCAGCAGAACCAAAACGAAACCCUCCUCCGAUUCCCAAACCGAAACCCGUUCAAAAUCAAACCCUCAAAAUUCCACUCUCAUUUCCUUCCCCCCUCCCAAUCAACCAACCCCAACCCCAACGCCCCCUCCUUCCUCUCCCGUCGGCCGCGUCUUAGGCCGGCCCAUGGAAGACGUCCGAUCCACCUACAUCUUCGGCCGCGAAUUAGGUCGUGGUCAAUUCGGAGUCACAUAUCUAGUAACUCACAGAGUCACCAAGGAGCAAUUCGCCUGCAAAUCAAUCGCCACGCGGAAGCUAAUCCGCCGCGAUGAUUUGGAUGAUAUCCGCCGUGAAGUUCAGAUCAUGCAUCACCUCACCGGUCACCGUAACAUCGUUGAGCUUAAAGGUGCUUAUGAGGAUCGGCAUUCAGUUAACCUCAUCAUGGAACUCUGUGCCGGCGGUGAACUCUUUGAUAGGAUUAUAUCUAAAGGACAUUACUCCGAGCGUGCUGCUUCUGAAUUGUGUCGCCAGAUGUUGGCCGUUGUUCAUAAUUGUCACACCAUGGGAGUUAUGCACAGGGAUUUGAAACCCGAGAAUUUCUUGUUCCUCAGUAAGCAUGAAACUUCGCCUCUUAAAGCCACUGAUUUCGGUCUCUCUGUGUUUUUCAAACCCGGAGAUGUAUUUAAAGAUCUUGUUGGGAGUGCGUAUUAUGUUGCACCUGAGGUGUUGCGUAGAAGUUAUGGCCCCGAAGCUGAUAUUUGGAGUGCUGGGGUUAUUUUGUAUAUUCUCCUCUCUGGCGUCCCUCCCUUCUGGGCAGAAAAUGAACAGGGUAUCUUCGAUGCUAUUCUUCAUGGACAUAUUGAUUUUGCAUCGGAACCUUGGCCUAAAAUAUCAAGUAAUGCUAAAGGUCUGAUCAAGAAGAUGUUGCGAGCUGACCCUAAAGAACGACUUUCAGCUGUUGAAGCCCUUAAUCAUCCUUGGAUGAGACAUGAUGGAGCACCCGAUAAGCCUCUUGAUAUUGCUGUUUUAACCAGAAUGAAACAAUUCAGGGCAAUGAACAAGCUAAAGAAAGUAGCUCUGAAGGUUAUUGCUGAAAAUCUUUCUGAAGAAGAAAUUAUUGGCUUGAAGGAAAUGUUUAAAUCCAUGGACACAGAUAAUAGUGGAACAGUCACUUUUGAAGAGUUGAAAGCUGGUCUCCCCAAACUAGGUACUAAGAUAUCUGAGUCUGAAGUAAGGCAGUUAAUGGAAGCGGCUGAUGUUGACGGAAGUGGAAGCAUUGAUUAUAUUGAAUUCAUAACAGCUACCAUGCACUUGAAUAGAAUGGAAAGAGAGGACCACCUAUUCAAAGCUUUUGAACAUUUUGACAAGGAUAAAAGCGGGUACAUUACAAAGGAAGAGUUGGAAAAUGCCCUUACAAAGUAUAACAUGGGGGAUGAGAAAACAAUAAAGGAGAUCAUUGACGAAGUCGAUUCAGAUAAUGAUGGAAGAAUUAACUAUGAGGAGUUUGUAGCGAUGAUGAGGCAAGGCAACCCAGAUUUGAACAAACAUCGCAAAUGAUUAAGUUGACCACACAUCACCUGUUUAAGCGAGUCCGGACGGCUCAAGCAGGUUCUGCUAACAUGGACCACACAUCACCUGUUUAACGAACUAUUUCUGCUUCGGAUUUUGCCUGCCAUUUGCUCGUCCGUUGAGGGCACUUGCAUGGCAUGUUAGCUUGCUCUUCCAUUGAGACUAAGUUAUAUGACAUUUUCUAUGAUUGCAAUACAUAUUGAUUGUUCCUAAUUUUA